CUUGACCAGUCGCAACUAUCGUAACCAUUAGUCAACUUGACUGCCUUUGACUCGACUGUAUAGUGUUUGCACAACACUUGUAUAGUGUUAACUACAGUUUUUAAACUGAACAAAAUGUAGUUUGAAUUAGUUAGCAGUUGGCGACUAAUCGACUAGUCAUUUACAGAAACUCCGGAUUAAAACUCCUACAUAACUGCCAUCUGGUGCAGUCGAUUACGGUUCACCAUUGUAUGGAUGCACAGUCGUCGCCACUUUCAAACAGCUACAACCGCGUCUUGUAGCACAAGCUGUUCGCCAUGUUUGAAUGCUGUGAAUAUACAAGAUGUCAGCUUCAAUAGUCAAUCAUCUGGGUUUGCGACAUCUCAUUGUAUGGCGCCACAGAACGAAGCGCGAUGCUAUCAAGGCACAUUGUUACGAGUGUUUCUUUCAACAGGAUGUUUGGUCUUUGUGAACAUGUGUGUUCUGCGCGCUGCAAUGUUGUGCCGUCUAUUGGCAAUCAAGCCAAUAAUAGUGGAUCAAAACAGGCUUUAUAUAGCCUCUGCUGACAGUGUGGCGGUAAUGAAUGAUCUCUGUUGUUCUCAUUGUUCUGCCGUUCAGGCUCAUCUGUGAUGAAAAUAUCAAAGUGUGUUGCUACCAAGGUUUAUCUUCGUCCUGUUGUGACUUUAUUGCUUUCGUCUGCAGGUGCGCGCGUUACUGUGUGUUCAGUUGCAGAUAAUAGGAUUUAAAAGCCACUAGAUGCUUGUGAUGCUUUAUUGAAUUUUGUCAAACUGGAGGAACGUCGAUCUUGUAGGUGCCCUGCAGCAUGAAAAUUCAGAGGAAAAAAAAGACUCAGCACAAGAGCUGUUACUGUUACAGUUGUCCAUCUGUGCAUCUUAAUCCAUGCAAGGUUCUGCUAAUGGGUCAGUGUCGCUGUACAGCUGUGUGAAAGGAUAGUUCUGAAUCUUAAUUGUCUCUUUUUUCCCUAAGCACUCUGGUUUCCUCUCAUAGUCAGCAGAAAAUGUGACUGGAUUUAUAUAUUUCCUAUAAUGUAUAGGUAAGCAAAACGCUAUCUUAGCUGAUGUUUGCUAAAUUUAACACUAGGUUUUCAAUUAUUACCAUCUUUUUGGGGAAAUAUCUCAAUAGUUUUGUAGGUAUCUACGAUAUGAGUCACGUUUUAGAUGUAUAUGAACAUUGCUGUGAAACACUGCAUCCAUUUUGUUCUAUCAUGCCUUCAAUGUUGUUGUUUUUAAUGUCUUAUGAUUAAGUUAUUCAGCAUGUUAGAGUCAAAAAAAGUUGAAGAUGAUAUUUAGCAGAAGACGUCUGACUCCCUUUGCCUUCCUGGAGUUCCACUUGUCUUAUAUAUUUGCAAAAUGUCCUCUCUGAUCCCUUUGAUCAAUCAGUAGAAAUGGCUGAAGUCAAGGUAGGAACUGGUCUGUUUGAUGGUUGCCAUGUGAAGCUGCUUGAUUUAAUGGCUGCACGUGUGUGUUUUUACUGGGUGGAAGGAAUACAUGUAGCCACCGCUGGCAAAGGCGCUGGUCUGUGCUGAUGGUCAAAAUGGAGAGAAGAAAAGUUUGAGCGCUGGUUAACGCCACCCUCAUGAAUUCCCGAGGUUUCAUGUCAAAGGCUGUUUCUUUGGACACCUUCCCAGAUUUGUGUUUUAACAGCGGCAGCUCCCUCCUUCCACUCCAUCCCUCCCUCCCUCCCUCCCUCCCCUGUUCUCCUCUGUUCUCCCGCUACUUCUUUAGACGGGUAAACAGGCACGCAAAAGCUCCUCAGCCUAUCAUCUGUGACCGCCGCAACAGCCAGACAGCGUAACACGAUCCAUGAUAGAGUGGUGCAAAUCGCCCAUUGCUCUCGUCUACCAUCUCGCACAAGGAGGGGGAGAAGCCCACCAGAAAGGCUGAGUAGAAAGAGAAGAAGAAGAAAAAAAAAAGAGGAGGAGGUAUAGAGCCUGUGGAUACGGCUGCAGCGGCGACUAGAACGAGGCUGGUGUGACUUUCCGGUCCACUAGGUUUUAACCCUUUUGACGGUGCUCCAGUGGCUUCCAUGUGGUAGCGCAGUAGUGCAGCAGCGGUGGAGCAAGAGGAGGAGACCGGCUGCGCUUCUAUAGAGGAAAAGCUACAUCGCAGCUGGAAAAGUGGAUCAUCAUUCUGUGAAGCACCAGUCUCCUGAAGGCGAUUGUCUGUCCAGCCAGCAAGGCCCACCUCCGCUGCCACCAGCCCCGCCCCCUCACAAGCAGCACCCCUCCAUCACGUCCCUGAGCCGCGGCUCGCUGGCCAAUCAGAGGGGCCCGAGCCCGCCGCCCUCAGCCGGCCUGGCGGCCGACUUGCAGAGCACGGCGGAAUGCGUCCAGCUGCAGGACAGCUGGGUCCUGGGCAGCAAUGUGGCCCUGGAGAGCCGGCACUUUCUUUUUAAGACGGGCACAGGAACAACACCUUUCUUUGGCGCCGCAGCUCCAGGCUACACCAUGGCCACCGGGACGGUUUACUCCACCCCGGCUCGCCCGCUGCCCAGAAACAGCCUGUCCAGAGGGGCGUUCAAGUUCAAGAAGUCCCCGAAACACUGCUCCUGGAAGUGCACGGCUCUCAUCGCUGUGGGCGUCGCCGUGGUGCUGUCAAUCAUCCUCUGCUACUGCAUAGCCAUGCACCUUUUAGGCCUGAACUGGCAGCUGCAGGAGGUGGAGAACCAGCCGGCGUUCGAGAAUGGAGGCGGCGGGAAGAACAGCCCGACUCAGACCAGCAUAGUAACUGCUCUGGCUGCUGACGGUCGCUCUGGCGUCCUUCAUCAGGAGAACAACUCUAUUGACACCGGACAAGUGGAUGUAGGGAAGAGGGCUGCUCAAAGUGUUCCGCCUGGAGUCUUCUGGCGUUCCCAAGUCAGCAUGGAACAACCCCGCUUCGUCAAGUUCAACAUUUCAGUCCAGAAGAACGCUUUGAUCGGGGUCUACGGAAGAAAAGGCCUUGCACCUUCCCACACUCAGUAUGACUUUGUGGAGUUGUUGGACGGCAGCCGACUCAUCGCCAAAGAGCACCGUGCUGCCGGUGAACCAGAGAAAAGGGCCCGGGUGGAGCACCAGGUCGCAGUGCAUCAAGCGGGAUUCAUCCAGUACCUAGACUCCGGCGUGUGGCACUUGGCCUUCUACAAUGAUGGUCGGAGUGUGGAGGCCGUCUCCUACAACACCAUCAUCCAGGAGUCUGUCACCGAGUGCCAGCACAACUGCUACGGCAACGGAGAGUGCGUCGCUGGAUCAUGUCACUGCUUCCCGGGAUUCAUCGGACCGUACUGCUCCAGAGCUGCUUGUCCAGUCCUCUGCAGUGGAAACGGCCAGUACACCAGGGGGCGGUGCCAAUGCUACAGCGGCUGGAAGGGCACCGAGUGUGAUGUGGCGUCCUCCCAGUGUAUCGACCCCCAGUGUGGAGGGCACGGCGUGUGCGUGUCAGGCAACUGUGUGUGCAACACCGGCCACAAAGGAAGCAACUGUGAACAAGUGGACUGUGUGGACCCGAAGUGUUCGGGUCACGGAACUUGUCACCACGGUGAGUGCCACUGUAACCCCGGCUGGGGAGGGAUCAGCUGCGAGAUUUUGAGGAGCACUUGUCCGGAGCAGUGCUCCAGUCAUGGCACCUUCAGCACUGACUCAGGGACCUGCGUCUGUGAGGCCAACUGGACCGGGGCCGACUGCUCUAUCGAGGUGUGCGUGGUGGACUGUGGUCCCCACGGUUCUUGUGUCAGCGGUGUGUGUCACUGCGAGGAAGGCUGGGCAGGACCGGAAUGCGAGCAGAGGGACUGUCACCCACGCUGCAUUGACCACGGAGUCUGUCGGGAGGGCAAGUGUGACUGCCACCAGGGCUGGACUGGGGAGCACUGCACCAUAGCCCUGGAUUCAAGAGUAUCAGGAGCAGUCAAGAUAGGAUAUAAAGACGGCUGCCCUGGGCUCUGCAACAACAACGGGAGGUGCGUCCUGGAUCAGAACGUCUGGCACUGCAUCUGCCAGUCAGGAUGGAGAGGCCUGGGAUGCGACGUGGCGACGGAAACACUCUGCUCAGAUGGCAAGGAUAAUGAGGGAGACGGGCUUGUCGACUGCAUGGACCCCGACUGCUGCGCUCAGAUGGCCUGCCAAAGUCAGAGCUACUGUCGCGGGUCGCCCGACCCCGCUGUCAUCGUCGGGCAAGGUCAGGGCAUCGCACCUCAGCCCACCUCCAAGGGCUUCUACGACAGAGUCAGUUUUCUGAUCGGACCCAGCGGCAGUCAUGUGAUCCCGGGAGAAAACCCGUUUAAUGGCAGCUUGGCAUCAGUCAUCCGGGGUCAGGUCCUCACAGGAGACGGGACGCCGCUGAUCGGAGUCAACGUGUCGUUCCUGCACUACCCAGAGUUCGGCCACACCGUCACCAGACAGGAUGGAAUGUUCGACCUCUUGGCAAACGGAGGAGCUUCGCUGACGCUCAGUUAUGAGCGUGCCCCCUUCCCCACGCUGCACCGGACAGUCUGGGUUCCCUGGAAUGUUUUCCACGUGAUGGACACGGUGGUGAUGAAAAGGGACGAGAACAACAUUCCCAGCUGCUACCUGACGGGUCUGAUCAGGCCCGACCCGGUCAUCGUGGCGACGCCCCUUUCCACGCUCUAUAAGACCUCACCCGAGGACAGCCCCAUCAUCCCGGAGACCCAGGUUCUUCACGAACAAGUGGCCAUACCGGGCUGCGACCUUAACCUGGUCUACCUGAGCUCCAGGGCGACUGGCUACAAGCCCAUCCUCAAAGUGCUCCUGACUCCAGAGCGACUGCCCUUUGGCCUGAUGAAGGUGCACCUGAUGGUGGCCGUCAUGGGCCGGCAGUUCCAGAAGUCCUUCCCGGCCUUCGCCGACCUCUCCUACACCUUCAUCUGGGAUAAAACAGACGCCUACAACCAGAAGGUCUUUGGCCUGGCGGAGGCUGUCGUGUCGGUGGGAUACGAGUACGAGUCCUGCCUGGACCUGGUGCUGUGGGAGAAGAGGACGGCCGUGCUGCAGGGGUACGAGCUGGAUGCCUCCAACAUGGGAGGAUGGAUGCUGGACAAGCACCACAUUUUGGACGUUCAAAAGGGUAUUCUUUACAAAGGCAGUGGCGAGAACCAGUUCAUCUCCCUCCAGCCGCCUGUGAUCUCCACCAUCAUGGGAAACGGACGCCGUCGAAGCAUCUCGUGCCCAAGCUGCAAUGGACAAGCCCAAGGCAACAAGCUGCUGGCUCCGGUGGCUCUAGCGUGGGGCAUCGAUGGAAGCCUCUAUGUGGGGGAUUUCAACUACAUCCGCCGCAUCUACCCUUCUGGCAAUGUGACAAGUAUCAUGGAGCUCAGAAAUAAAGACUUUAGACACAGCAACAACCCGGCUCACCGUUACUACCUGGCCACCGAUCCCGUCUCUGGACAGCUCUAUGUGUCCGACACAAACUCCCGAAGGAUCUACAGGCCCAAAACAUUAACCGGCACCAAGGAUCUUCAGUCCAACGCAGAGGUGGUGGCAGGAACUGGGGAGCAUUGUCUGCCCUUCGACGAAAACCAGUGUGGCGAUGGAGGGAAAGCUCCGGAGGCUUCGCUCACGGGACCAAAAGGCAUCGCCGUGGACAAGAACGGACUGAUUUAUUUCGUGGACGGCACAACCAUCCGUAAGGUGGACCAGAAUGGCAUCAUCUCCACUUUCCUGGGCUCCAACGACUUAACAUCGGCCCGACCUCUGACCUGCGAUAAUAGCAUGGACAUCAAUCAGGUGAUUUUGGAAUGGCCCACUGAUCUGGCUGUCAGCCCCAUGGACAACUCUCUCUACGUCCUGGACAACAACAUUGUUCUACGCAUCACAGAGAAUGGCCAAGUGAGCAUCGCAGCAGGACGUCCCACCCACUGUCCGUUAGCUGGGCUGGAGCGCGGCAUGGCCGCUGGUCAACGGGCACAGCUUACACCUCUGGAAUCGGCAGUUUCCAUAGCCAUUUCCUUCCAUGGCACCAUCUACAUAGCUGAGACAGAUGAGAGAAAGAUGAGUCGGAUACGGAAGGUGUCUGUGGAUGGCGAGAUCACACACCUGGCGGGAAUUCUGUCUGACUGCGACUGCAAGAAUGACGCCAACUGCGAUUGUUAUCAGACCGGGGAUGGCUACGCCAAAGAUGCAAGACUGAAUGCGCCUUCGUCUUUGGUGGCAAGUCCCGAUGGAACUCUCUACAUCGCAGACCUGGGCAACAUACGAAUACGGGCCAUUUCCAGAAAUGGUCCCACGCUAACGUCCAACAAUGGGUAUGAAGUGGCAUCACCAGAUGCACAGGAACUCUACAUGUUUGACAACAAUGGCACUCACCAGCACACAGCCAGCCUGCUGACUGGCGACUUGAAGUAUACGUUCAGCUACAGCACUGACAACGACAUCACAGCCAUCACGGACAGCAGCGGCAACACCUUGAGAAUCCGCAGAGAUCCCAACCGGCUGCCAGUGCGCGUAGUUGCUCCGGACAACCAGGUUAUCUGGCUAACCAUGGGCACCAAUGGUGGACUGAAGACGCUCACCGCCCAGGGUCAAGAGCUGGUGCUUCUGACAUACCACGGUAACAACGGCUUGCUGGCCACGAAGACCUCAGAGAUCGGCUGGACAACUUUCUACGACUAUGACGGUGAAGGACGGCUAAUGAAUGUGACGUUCCCCACCGGAAUGGUGAACAACUUGUAUGCAGACACCUACAGUGCUCUGACAGUAGACAUCGAAAGUUCCCUGACGGAUGAGGAAAUCAGCAUCACCACCAACACCUCCAGCAUCCGUGCGUUCUACACACUCUCGCAGGACCAAUGUAAAAGCAGUUUUCAAGUCGGGUUCGACAACUCACUUCGGAUCACCUACGCAAACGGGAUGGACACCCACUACCAGACAGAGCCACACAUCCUGGCCGGUGCUGCCAACCCCACUGUUGCCCGACGCAACAUGAGCCUGCCAGGAGAGAGCGGGCAGAACCUGGUGGAGUGGCGCUUCCGCAAGGAACAAGCGAGAGGGAAGGUUAUCGUCUUCGGGCGCAAGCUAAGGGUAAAUGGACGCAACAUUCUCUCGGUUGAUUAUGAUCGCACCCUGAGGACGGAGAAGAUUUACGACGACCACAGGAAGUUCCUCUUAAAAAUUAUAUACGACACAGCAGGCCACCCGGUGCUGUGGCUGCCCAGCAGCAAGCUGCUGCCGGUGAAUGUGAGCAGAACCAGCAGCGGGCUCAUCAGCGCCUUGCAGAGAGGUCCAACUACAGAGAGACUGGAGUAUGACGGCCAAGGCCGUCUGGUGUCCCGUGUGUUCGCUGAUGGGAAGAUAUGGAGUUACACCUACCUGGAGCAGUCCAUGGUUCUCCUGCUCCACAGUCAACGACAGUACAUAUUUGAUUUCGACUCCCUGGACCGCUUGUCUGCCGUCACAAUGCCAAGCGUAGCACGUUACACCAUGCAAACAGUCCGGUCUGUGGGCUACUACCGUAACCUGUACCACCCUCCAGAGAGCAACGCGUCAGUAGCAGUGGACUACAGUGAAGAUGGUCUUCUAUUGAGAAUAGCACACCUCGGCACUGGACGGAGAAUACUCUACAGAUACCGGCGUCAGAACAAACUCUCCGAGAUCCUUUAUGACAGCACCAGAGUCAGCUUCACCUACGAUGAAACAGCUGGGGUCCUGAAAACAGUCAACUUGCAAAAUGAAGGUUUCAUUUGCUCCAUACGUUACCGGCAGGUGGGUCCAUUAGUGGACCGGCAGAUUUUCCGCUUCAGCGAGGACGGAAUGGUCAACGCAAGAUUCGACUACACCUACGACAACAGCCUACGGGUAACGAGUGUGCAGGGCGUCAUCAAUGAAACCCCACUUCCCAUCGACCUUUACCAGUUUGAUGACAUCUCGGGCAAAAUUGAGCAGUUUGGGAAAUUUGGCGUGAUUUAUUAUGACAUAAAUCAGAUCAUUUCCACGGCGGUCAUGACCUACACCAAGCACUUUGAUGCUCAUGGACGCAUCAAGGAGAUCCAAUAUGAGAUAUUCCGCUCGCUGAUGUAUUGGAUCACCUUCCAGUACGAUGACGUCGGCCGGGUCGUCAAACGUGAGAUCAAGAUUGGCCCCUUUGCCAACACCACAAAGUACAGCUAUGAAUACGACGUAGAUGGUCAACUCCAGACCGUGUACUUAAAUGAAAAGGUGAUGUGGCGUUACACAUAUGACCUGAAUGGAAACCUGCACCUGCUGAACGCGGGCAACAGCGCCAGACUCCUUCCUCUGCGCUAUGACCUGAGGGACCGCAUUACCCGCCUGGGAGACAUCCAGUACAGAAUGGAUGAAGACGGCUUUCUCCGUCAGCGAGGAGCUGAAAUCUUUGAGUACAACUCAAAAGGCCUAUUAGUCCGGGUCUACAGCAAGAGCAGUGGCUGGACAAUCCAGUACCGGUAUGAUGGUCUUGGUCGCAGAGUCUCCUCCAAAACCAGUUUGGGACAACACCUACAGUACUUCUACGCCGACCUGAGCUACCCCGCCCGGAUCACUCACGUGUAUAACCACUCCAGCUCUGAGAUUACCUCCUUCUACUACGAUCUCCAAGGUCACGUAUUUGCCAUGGAGAUCAGCAGCGGUGAGGAAUUCUACAUCGCCUGUGACAACACUGGCACGCCUUUAGCGGUCUUCACCAGCAACGGCCUUCUUGUAAAACAGCUCCAGUACACGGCAUACGGCGAGGUCUACUUUGACUCAAACCCAGACUUUCAGUUGGUGGUGGGGUUUCACGGAGGGCUGUACGACUCCCUCACCAAACUGCUUCACUUUGGAGAGAAAGAUUAUGAUAUAAUGUCAGGCAGGUGGACAAUUCCAGAUAUAUCUGUUUGGAAAUCUGUUGGCAAAGAACCGGCGCCUUUUAAUCUAUACAUGUUCCGGAAUAAUAAUCCCAUCAGCAAAGUCCACGAGGUCAGAGAGUAUGUUGCAGACGUCAACAGCUGGCUGGUUACCUUCGGCUUCCAUCUGCAUAACACCAUCCCUGGUUUUCCGGUGCCAAAGUUCGACUUGAGCAUGCCGUCUUACGAGCUAAGGAAGAGCCAGUUGUGGGAUGAUCUGCCGUCUAUCUCUGGGGUCCAGCAGGAAGUAACCAGACAAGCGCACUCUCUCCUGUCAUUCGAGCGGCUGCCAGAGGUCCAUCUGAGAAGAGGUCGCAGAGGUGAAAAGUCUUGGCUGUGGUUCUCAGCGGCAAUGUCUCCCAUCGGGCGAGCGGUAAUGUUCGCAAUAUACAAAGGCAGCAUCCACACUCACACACUCAACGUGGCAAGUGAGGACUGCAUCAAGGUUGCGACAAUCCUCAACAACGCCUUUUAUCUGGAAGACCUUCACUUUACCAUAGAAGGACGAGACACGCACUACUUUGUCAAGCCCGGACUUCCGGACGCCGACCUUGCCGCGCUGCACCUCACCAGUGGACACAAAACUCUCGAGAACGGCGUCAACGUGACCGUGUCCCAGUCCACCACAGUCAUGGACAGUCGUACUCGCCGCUUCGCUGAUGUAGAAAUCCGCGCCGGAGCCCUCGCUCUUCACAUCCGAUACGGAUCGACGGUGGACGAGGAGAAAGCGCGAGUUGUGGAGCUAGCACGGCAGCGUGCAUUGGCAGGCGCUUGGGCAAGAGAACAGCAGCGGGUGCGAGACGGUGAGGAGGGGGUGCGUCCUUGGACAGAGGGGGAGAAGAGGCAGCUUCUGAGCAGUGGCAAAGUCCUGGGCUAUGACGGAUACUACGUGCUGUCCAUCGAGCAGUACCCGGAACUAGCGGACAGUUCUAACAACAUUCACUUUCUUCGGCAAAGUGAAAUCGGUAAGAGGUAACAAUACGAGAGCUGCAUUUUCUGCCAAAGAGACUAUUUUUUGGUAGAGACGAAAAAGGACACACAAGCAGCGCUAAUCAAGGUUGCUGACAUGUACCAUGAGUGUUGAUGUGCUUUUGUUAACAAAAAAGAGAAAAAAAAAAAACGGGAAAAGAACGAAAACAAUAACGGGGUCAAAAGCAAUGCUGUGCAUUGUGACUCGGGACUACAGAGUAAAUGUACAAGUACACCGAGCCUUAACAUGGCAAUUACAGGUCAAUUCCUCUGUAGCACAAGACUCUGAGGCAGAGGAACUGUUGUGUGUUUGGGGACACCGUGAGCCUAUUUAGGUGUUUUGUUUUAUUUCUCUUUUUGUUCCUAUGUUUUACUCAACUUCUGACUGAACAGAUAGUACAUGAGCAAUGGUAAUGUUUACAUUUUUGCAUUUCUGCACUUCUAUGGUACAGAGCUCACGUGGAAACCGCAGUGUACUGAGCAAAUGUGUGUUUUUAGGAUGAAGUCAUUCUGAUGUUAGCGAUAUCCUCACCAAACAGCCACUACGUAUGCCAGAUUUAGCACUGUAUACAUCCAAAUGUCUUUCUUUCUGUAUGAGAUGCUUUAAAACUAAAAAAUAAACAGUUUUCAUGUUUAAAUAUCCAGUAUUCAUUGUGAGAAUAAAGAUUGUGAAAGAAUGAUGAACUCUGUUCGGGGGUGAAAGACACCGACGUGUCUUUGAUAGCACAGGGACACCAUGUUUUGUAAAUUAUGAAAGAGUUUUAUGGCUUUUUUUGUUUUGUUUUCUAUUGAAACUGAAUCAAUGUCUGUACUAGUCAAACUACCAGUAAUUUAUGUUGUGUUUCUACAUAACAAAUAAAGUCCAGCUGAUUGAUUGAU